AUGAAUAUCUGUGAAUCGUGUUCAAAUGAGUUCAAUGAUGGAGCGCAAUGUUAUGUUUGUAAAAAACACUACGGCUUUGGUUGUGCUGGUAUAACGGAGCGAGGUUUUCGGAACUUAGGAGCAGAUCGAAGAGCACAAUGGAAAUGCCUUCAGUGCAUAAAGGUUUCCUUAAGCCCCUCCCGUCCAAGUUCUGAAACCAACCCUGGUGGCAAUUCUGGUGGGGAGUCGGCGACCUUGGAUGUUGCUGGUGUUGUUGGCUGGUCACAACAGUUCCAAGUCUUAUCGAAGACAUCAAAUCUAUUAAAGUUGAAUUAA